CAUUGCCCAGCUAUACCAAGCGGUCAGUUUGAAAACAGAAUCUGAACAUUACAGAAGACACAGAAGUCAAAUUAACAUUAAAGGCGAAGGAAUGACUAUGGGAGCACUGUAUUGGCAGCUUAAUGAUAUUUGGCCUGGAGCUUCAUGGACAUCUUUAGAGUAUGGAGGGAAAUGGAAGAUGUCUCAUUACUACGCUGUUAACUUCUUCUCUCCCACCCUCAUCUCCCCGGUCUUACAGGGGGACUUCAUCAACAUUCAUGUAGUUUGUGAUGAGAUGAAUAGCAAGGAACAUGUGUUACAUAUCAGAGUUUAUAAAUGGAACGGGUUUGCUCCUAGCUAUAGUGUAGACCUAGAGCUAGGACAGGUUUGCUCAGUUGAAGGAUCUUCAGUUGUUGCUUCAGUUCCACUCAGGGAAUUAUUGGAAAAUGGCGACUGUAGAUCUGGAUCUCUAGACGCAUACAGGUUAAGCUACUGUAUGUUUGUGUUUGAGUUAGUUGAACCUGAAGGUGGAUUCAUUUCAGAGAACUAUAUCAUGGAGUCUCCUAGAGGAUUGGUUGGGGUGGAGGGAGAUUUCUCUUCAGGGAUACAGAAACCCACUGUCUGGAUAAGCCUUGUUUAUAUAGAUAAUCAGGAGGUACAUGAUGAACCCUAUAAAGAGAGCUAUACUAUUCAAGUAAACACUGACAACAUCGCGCUCUACAUUUGGAUCGAGGCAAUCGGAAUACAGGGAAGAUUUAGUCAGAAUGGUUUUCAUAUGGUUUCUCCUCAGAAAUAUAUAACUUUUUACGCCAAGGAGUAUACUGACCUCGAAAUUCUGAAGCAGUCCCUUCAAGUUAGAGCAUACAACCCCUUCUAAUUAAAUAAAACAAUACUGUGUGAUAAUUUUGAUUUUAAACAGCUAAUAAACUAUCGAUAUUGAA